AACGAAUUUCAAACCUUCCUUUCCAAUUCCAAUUCCUUUCACCUUUGCUGAAACUUCUCCACAGUCCUUUCCUUCCCUCUUUCUCCCUUCUUAGCCUUGGUUCCGGUUCAUGGAUAUUGAACCCUUGUGGGCUCUUGGGGGGUGGUACUUUCUUCGCUUUGAUUGCAUGGCCACAACAUCUAAAACUCCAUCAUCGGAGACGACAACCGCCGCCGGAAAAUCCCACUCUCUCCUCUUCUUCCUCUCCCUUCUCUUCAUUUCCCUCCUCCUCCUACUCAACCCCACAAACUCCCCCAUAAACCCAUCAAACUAUGUAUCCUCCUCAAUUCACUUCCGAAGACUUCUCUUAGACACCACAAGCUCUGCGUCUUCUACCACCUCCACCACCUUCCAUCCUGGAGGACAACAGCGAAAACCUGCACGAAGAGAUUUCGGAGCUGCCGCUCAUGAGGUUCCAAGUGGCCCAAACCCUAUAUCCAACAGGUAGAAGAGGGGAUGUAACCGCCAAAAAGUUAUGGUUUGUUGUCAUCUUUCAUGGGUAAUGGUUUAAAAUUAAUUAACUCCUUCAUUACUUCUGCUUGUCCCUCAGUGAAGGAGUUUGCUUGGUAUAUUGGUGUUAUCGUCAUCACUAGCAUUAAUUACUUUGUUUUUUUUUCUUCUUUUCUUUUCUUUUUUUGAACUAGAAAUGUAUAGCAAGAGAGAUACUCUAUUUUUCUAUAUGUACGAAUGCCUAUGAGUUUUGUUUCAUAUUAUAUAUAGAUGAUGUUAUUAUGGUAGAAAUAAAUUAGUAUGUUUUGG